AUGUCCGCUCUUCAUGGAUCACCUGUCGUUCGUAACACAAAUGACUAUCUUUUCUGUUUGCUUCCUGGGGCUCAGGAGGCAUCUGUUCGGGUCUUUUCUUUGAGCGAUCCCGCAAUCCCACACUUUUCCCAGUCUCUCGGGACCUUCACUAUCGGUGACAUGGGCCGCACAUCAUGCUGUUUUGUCCAUGGUCAAAAUUUCUACUACAUCCGUCGGAUCUUUGACGCACGCGAGCGUAAUACGAUUUUUUAUCAUGGGGUUCGCAUUUUCAUUGAUGAUAACCACGUGCGCUCAGAGACUCUGCACCUGAAUGAGGUCGACUGCGGACAAGACCGGCCGGAGUUUGCCGAGCUGUCCAUUCGCGCAAGUCCAGAGCAGGGCAAAUUCACACUCUUCGACAUAGUAUACUUGCCAAGCAAGAACAUAGGACUCGACCCUCGAACUGAAUGGAGAUGCUUCUCACAGACUAUGCCUUUAACAACUGACCGCCGAUCUACGCUGCAAGAGCGAAAGGGAUACGGCAUCGGCAUCAGUCUUUGA